AUGAGGUCCUCCGUCUUUUCCCUCCUCACUCUCGCCCUUGGGGCAAUUGCUGCUCCCAAGGCUGAUGUUCAGACUUACGAUGGGUACAAAGUCUUUCGCGUAAACACCCACGGCAAAGCGGAUGUCAAAGAGAAGCUUACACCCGUUACCUUUGACGAGUGGGAGCACGGAGACCAACACGCCGACAUUGUCGUCGCGCCCAAUGACGUCGCUGCUUUCAAGAGUCUGAACCUUGACUUUACCACUCUGCACGAGAACUUGGGUAGUUCCAUCGUUAGCGAAAGCCCAUCCUCGAAGAAGUGGAAGCGUCAAGCGGAUGAUGAGUCUUGGUACGAUGAGUUCCACCAGUAUGAGGACCACGUCGAUUACUUUAGGGACUUGCACGAGCAGUUUCCUAAUAAUUCGAAGCUGAUAUCUUCUGGAACAUCAUAUGAGAAUAGGACUAUUUAUGGUCUUCAUCUUUGGGGUGACGAUGGACCUGGAAAGCCUGCUGUGCUUUACCAUGGCACUGUUCAUGCACGAGAAUGGAUCUCUGCACCGACUGUUGAAUACAUCACUCUUCAGCUCAUUAAGGGCUUCAAGGGUGGUGAUGAAGACGUUCAGACCAUCUUGAACAAAUACGACUUUUACAUCUUUCCCUUUGUCAACCCUGACGGAUUUGUCUACUCUACCAAAUCUGAUCGUCUCUGGCGAAAGAACCGUCAACCUCCUCCAUCUUCAGCAGCGAACCAGACAUGCUUCGGUCGCGACAUCAAUCGCAACUGGGAGUUUGGCUGGGACUCGAACAAGAGAGGUGCCUCGACCAAUCCUUGCUCACAGGUCUACCGCGGCGAAAAGCCUGCUGAUAGUCCCGAGAAUGCUGGAUUGGAUAAGUUUGUUCGCCAAUUGAGAGAUACUGUUGGCAUUUCUCUCUACAUCGAUUUCCACAGCUAUGGUCAAUACAUCCUCUCUCCCUUUGGCUACAAGGAAGAUCUCUACGCGCCCGAGCUUGGUAAAUGGACAAAGGCUGCUGCCCUCGUCAGCACCGCCAUCCGCGACAGCUCCGACGACAAGACAACAUACACCUUCGGACCCAGUGGCGCUGUGUUGUACGUUACUACCGGUUCGGCGCCCGACCACGUGUACAGUGUUGGACAGGCCAAGUUCUCGUACACCAUUGAGUUGAGGGAUACUGGUGAGACAGGAUUUGUGCUCCCACCCAACCAGAUCAGGCCCAAUGUUGAGGAGCAGUGGGCUGGACAGAAGGUACUGCUUUCGCUGUUGGAUGAGACCUUCUUUGAUGGUGAGGGUCCUGCUCUUUUCCAAGGGCAAACUUAG